CUUGGGAAACCUGCCGGGUACCUGCCGCCUCUCUCUCACACAGAACCGCUUUCUGCUCAGUCCGCAGCUCAUUCCGAUCCUCAUCGCGUGUGUGACUGUGUCGUGGACCUGUACACUGAACAAGGCUCGAAGAUGUCUCAGAAGAUCAAAGCAGGUUCGGUGGUGGAGAUGCAGGGAGAUGAGAUGACUCGAGUCAUCUGGGAGCUCAUCAAGGAGAAACUCAUCCUCCCGUACCUGGCGCUCGACCUGCACAGCUAUGACCUCGGUAUGGAGAACCGAGAUGCAACCGACGACCGGGUGACUGUUGAAGCGGCGGAGGCAGUCCAGCGUUACAGCGUGGGCAUCAAGUGCGCCACCAUUACGCCAGAUGAAAAUCGCGUGGAGGAGUUCAAGCUCAAGCAGAUGUGGCGUUCGCCCAACGGCACCAUCCGUAACAUCCUGGGAGGCACCGUCUUCAGGGAGCCCAUACUCUGCAAGAACAUCCCCCGCCUGGUGCCUGGUUGGAUCAAGCCCAUCGUCAUUGGCAGACACGCCCACGGAGAUCAGUACAAAGCCACAGACUUCGUGGUGCCUGGGCCUGGGAAAGUGGAGAUGACCUACACGCCCAAAAAUGGAGAGCCAGUUAAAUAUGUCAUCCAUGAGUUUGAGGGCACAGGAGGUGUUGCCAUGGGGAUGUACAACACAGAUAAGUCCAUCAGGGACUUUGCUCACAGCUCCUUCCAGAUGGCUCUGUCUAAAGGCUGGGCAGUCUACCUCAGCACCAAGAACACCAUCCUGAAGAAGUACGACGGUCGCUUCAAAGACAUCUUCCAGGAGAUCUACGAGAAGGAGUACCGUGCUCAGUUUGAAGCCAAAGGCAUCUGGUAUGAGCACCGUCUGAUCGAUGACAUGGUGGCUCAGGCCAUGAAGUCUGACGGAGGCUUCAUUUGGGCCUGCAAGAACUACGAUGGAGAUGUACAAUCUGACUCUGUGGCACAAGGCUACGGCUCCUUGGGUAUGAUGACCAGUGUGCUCAUCUGUCCUGACGGACGCACCGUGGAGUCUGAGGCCGCACACGGCACCGUGACUCGCCACUACAGACAACACCAGCAGGGGAAAGAGACCUCCACCAAUCCCAUCGCUUCCAUCUUUGCGUGGACGCAGGGCCUGCUCCACCGGGCGAAGCUGGACAACAACACAGAGCUGCGCGUGUUCUCCGAGGCGCUGGAGGCCGUCUGCGUCGAGACCAUCGAGGCCGGUUUCAUGACCAAGGAUUUGGCCAUCUGCGUCAAAGGCCUGCCAAAGUGAGUCUCUUCUUUAUGGAAC